UCAGUAGUUUCCUUCAUUGGGUCGUAGCUUCAGAAGUGGGCAGCGAUCCCAUAGCACACUACCUGGACGAUUUUCUCAUUGUAGGGAGGGCAGGCUCCGAUGAUUGUUUAUCCACAAUGAACAUCAUGCGCAGCGUCAUGAGACAUUUCGGGGUGCCCCUAGCAGAGGACAAAACGCAAGGCCCCGCGUCCUGUUUAGUCUUCCUGGGAAUCGAAAUCGACACCCAGGCUCGGCUCUGUAGGUUGCCACCUGAUAAAGUUCAGGGCAUGCUUGAGGCGGUCAGAGCGGCAGUCUCUAAUGCAGUUAUUUCCCUGAAACAGUUACAAUCCCUGUUAGGUUUGCUUAAUUUCGCUUGCAGAGUUAUCCCCAUGGGUCGGGUUUUUAACCGUAGACUGGAAAGACAGCUUAGUGGUAGGUCAAACCCGAAAUCAAAGAUAACCCUAGGGAGUGAAUUGCUGGCUGACCUGGUAGUCUGGGAACAGUUUCUCACGCGAUUUAACGGGAUUCGGGUCUGGCGUACCCCUCCCAUGUCUAGCCAGUUACUGCACCUUUUCACUGACGCAGCUGGAUCGCACGGUUACGGGGCCUAUUUCCAGGGAGAGUGGAGCGCGGAGCCCUGGCCGGAGUCCUGGGCCCCGGCGGGCCUUACUCGAAACCUGACUCUCCUGGAGCUAUUCCCCGUGGUCUUGGCGGUCGAGCUGUGGGGUGGGAAGUUGUCGAACGGGACUGUUGUGUUCUGGACAGACAACAUCAGUGUGGUCUUUGCGAUCAAUAACUUGUCAGCCACCUCAGCAAAGGUCAUUACCUUGCUGCGCCACCUGGUGUUGCGCUGUCUGGACCUUAACAUCCAGUUCCAGGCCCGUCAUGUCCCGGGCGUCGACAAUGUUGUAGCUGACGCCCUGUCACGAUUCGAAUGGGCGACAUUUCGCAAGUUAGCCCCCACAGCUGCAGCCGUGGGCUUACGCUGUCCUGAUUUCCUUUGGCAGCUCGUCCUUCCUGGAUAGCCUUACUGCCGUUGGUCCGCUCCUCCUUAGCACCAUCCACUUGGCACGCCUAUGCCCGCAUGUGGUCUGAAUGGGACAAUUUCUGUGCGUCCAGGGGAGCCGACGCUGCUCAGGGGUCUAGGGACAACUUACAUGAUUGGCUGGCACUACCCCCGGGGUGAAGCGAAUCUGGAUUGUGGGCCACUCCUUUGUCCACUGGGCCUCCCUACGCUGUGCGUCCCUCCCAUUUGGCCAAUCCCUAGGUCUCCCUUCCAACAAGGCAUCCGUUAGGUGGUUGGGUGAUAGGGGGAUGUGCUGGCCCCAAUUAGCAGGAACCAUAUCUGAGGCCCUGGUACGCUGGGGGAAGCCUCACAUUAUUAUUCUUCACCUAGGGGGUAACGAUGUGGGGGCCAUACCAGUUUUACAGUUGAUUAAGGUUAUGCUGGCAGACAUUGGGUGGCUAAGAGUACGCAUCCCGGGGGUCAUGAUAGGGUGGUCCCAUAUAAUACCCCGUCUCCACUGGAGGCAUAUGUCGGCCCAUACGGCGGCAUACCGGGUUAGGAAGAAGAUCAAUGCGUCUGUAGCGAAAACCGUCACUGGGUCAGGUGGCUUCGUGGUACGGCACGAAGCCAUUUCGGCUGAUAGAACCGAGCUAUAUAGAAGGGAUAAAGUUCACCUUUCUGAUGUGGGGCUGGAUUUAUUCAUAGGGGACAUUCAGAGAGCUCUGUUACCCCUCCUGUAAAUCGGGUUGUGGGUUGGCGGCAAGGGUACCAUUAAAAUGCUUCCUUGUGGCGGGAGAUCCUCGGUCCGGUUGCGCAGGAGAAGGUCGCUAGGGGUGAGUGAUGGCCAGACUUCCGGGGAGGAGGGUAGGCCCUCACGUGCACGUGACGGUAACCCUCCUUCCUCCCUUUUGAGGGAUGGUCACGUGAUCUCUGCAACCCCUCAGCGUCAUCUCCUUAGGGCAGAGACUCCUCUGCUGCUGUUCCCGUUGGGCCGGUGAUCUCCUGCUGUUCUGGGUAGCUGAUCUCUAUGCCGCCAUAUAUAUUUUCAGUUCUAUCAGUUCUAUCUAGUUUGUUAGGUUAAUAAAAUUUUAUGGCCUGUGACGGUCACAAAAUUUUUUCCCAUAAAAAGUUUGUCUGUGGUUAUUUCGCACUACAUUCUCAUGUACAUAGUUAUUUAAUUAAGUUAUGUUAAAUCCUCUCCUCUGUGAAGAAGGAUCCGGUAAGCAUUUAAUCCCUUAAUGCAGUGUAGGGCUUAGUAUAAGCCUGGAGCAGUCUAAGGGUUAAGGCUGUAGGAGAGUGGGUUAGAAGAGAGAGGGAAGGUGCUGGGUGCAACAUUGUUGCAAUUUAGGGUAGGCCCCUCCUUACCAGUAGAUAAGCCAAGUUCUCCCUUGCAACUUCCUCUUCUUCUCCGGAUCCUGGCUGAAGCAGUUUUUUCCCUCCCUCCCUUCCCCUUUUGUAAUGUUUUAAUGAUGUUGUAUUUUCGACGGCACCUUAAUGGCAGGGCUAUGGCUACUCACCCUAGGCCCAAUAAGCCAUUACUGUAGGAUAUGGAUCUCCUCUCCCUGUUAUGCGGUUUACACGGCUUGGUAACAGGGAAUCCUUAUCUAGGUGGAAGAUCUUCUUUCACCCUGGCGGCGGGAGAUCCUCGGUCCGGUUGCGCAGGAGAAGGUCGCUAGGGGUGAGUGAUGGCCAGACUUCCGGGGAGGAGGGUAGGCCCUCACGUGCACGUGACGGUAACCCUCCUUCCUCCCUUUUGAGGGAUGGUCACGUGAUCUCUGCAACCCCUCAGCGUCAUCUCCUUAGGGCAGAGACUCCUCUGCUGCUGUUCCCGUUGGGCCGGUGAUCUCCUGCUGUUCUGGGUAGCUGAUCUCUAUGCCGCCAUAUAUAUUUUCAGUUCUAUCAGUUCUAUCUAGUUUGUUAGGUUAAUAAAAUUUUAUGGCCUGUGACGGUCACAAAAUUUUUUCCCAUAAAAA